AUGCAAACGACUCAUGCUCCUCGCGCAGAAUUAUCAACACAAGCCUGUGAUAUAUGCCGCAAACGCAAGGUGAAAUGCAAGGCCCAAUCGUCCGGGUAUUCAUUGUCGUGCCUCCGAUGUGAGCGCUUAAACUUAGCAUGCACUUUUGCGUUACCUUCAAGAACCAGGGGACCUAAAAAGAGGUUCCUCUCAGACACCCAGACGCAAUGUCCCGCCCCGACAGUUCCGCACAGAACCCAAGACCUGUGUGACCGGGACUUAUUCAAGAACAUCAUGCAAGAUUACCUUGACUACAUAUAUCCCAUGGUUCCCCUGGUACAUCGUCCUUCGUUUCAAAAGGCUCUUCAGGAAGACAGAGACCGCGAAGAUGAUGGAUUCCUUGCACUGACUGUAGCCAUCGCCGCGCUGGUCGUGGCUACCAUGGCGAGCAGAUUCCAAGCCUACCAAUCAGAUCCGGGAGCAAUAAGAUUCGAAUCACGCAAGGAUUUUGUCCAUGCUUGUUAUCAGAAGAUAAUAGGAUUGAGAACAUCCUCAUACUUCGACCAACUCAGUUUUCAGAAGUUUGCCGUUUCGUAUCUCUUUCUCGCAUCCUUCAUGCAAAUUGGAGACCAGAAUUGGUCACGUAUGCUUACCGUUGAAGCGAUGCAGCUCGCACGUCUGCUCAAAAUGCACCGUAUCUCUGAAUACACUGGGCUGAAUUGCAUUGAGAAACAACUACGCAAGAAGGGGUUCUGGGUUAUGUUCUACGGCUUUGUUCAUGGACACUUACAAAAUUUACACGGCGAGCGACUCACCUAUCUGGACCCAGCGGCACUUCAGGCAAUAAACCCAGAAGACCUCAUGCCACUUGAAGUGGACGACGAGCUGAUAUUUGAGAACGAGGUGCUCGCACCAGAAACCACUGAGCCAUGUCUAGUGACGGGCUUUAUCGUUCACUCCCGCAUAUUUUGGGCUGCGAUGAGAGACCCUGGACCAAGCCCAAUAGGAGGCCAUUGUCCUUGUGCGAGGGCCAAUGAUACUUGCCUUCAAAUCAAACACUUCCAAGAACGUUUGAAUUGUCUACAGUAUCUUGGACUUAAUAUGCCCUCCUUUCUCCAGAUGUGGGAGCCAACCCAGGCAAUUGUCAACGACCACGACGCCGACGAAAGAAAGAAAACGGUUCAGCUGCAGCUUGCAUCGAUACGAGCAAAUCUACAUGUUACACAUAUUUGGCUUCAAAGUCUCAUACUUGAUCAAUUAGAAGCCGCACAGUCACACCCCCAGCGUCGCUCGUCUACACAUCAGGUGGUGGAUUUGGAUCAAAAAUCACUUUGGGUCGAGAGGGAGAAACUCUCCCAUCACUUGUUUUUCGUACUGUUUAACUUUCCUCGGAUGAGCUUGGAGGCGAAUGGUUUGCAUUUAGCAAACAAGGUUCGCGAUGUUGUGGCAAGUCUUCUGGGCUGUCCAUUUCCUCCGGAGGAUCCUAUAUCGAAAAAGGCUGCCGAGUAUAUCCAACUCUCUACGGAUGUGUUGUCCCGACUGGACAGCAGUGAAGGUAUGAACACACUGCAUCUACAAACCUGGGUAGAUACAGAUCGCAUUCAGGGAUGA